CUUAACUAACCUCUUCUCUAGAAAUCUUGUAGGGGAUCUAAAGAAUGGCCUUCCAUGACAAUGGCCCAAGCAUAGGAUUCCUCUUAAGUGAUCCAUGGAAUCCAAUUCCUUGUGGAUUACACCACAACUUUUUGCCAAAGUGAUUGUGACAAAAACCAAUCUACCCCUCUACAAGAGGUUCUCCAACACUAAUUUACCAAUUUCAAUUAGCGGUUUCAAUAUCAAAAUGGGAUCGGGAUUAUCACAAGAAGCAGAUACACAACAGAUUCCAAGAUCACCCACAAAACCCACACCGGCACCACGGACUCAUGAAAACCAUCAAACCGCAAAAACCACGGUUACAACCACAAGCACACGGUUGAACCGUUUACCUCAUGAUUGUGAAGCAAUUUUGAAGGAUGCAGAUACUCUUAUCGAUAAGUCUUCGAUUGAUCAGCUUUAUGCUGGUGUGUUUUUGAACCAAAAGAGAAUGAAGUAUUGGGUUGAUAAGGCAUCAAAUGGCAACUGUUUCUUGGUGUUUGCAAGGGACCUCUCCAUCGCUUGGCAAGACGACAAUCGUUAUUGGCAUUGGACCUCCAUUAAAGAAGCAAGUGAUCAAGAGUUUAUAGAUGUUGCGGAAUUGCUAAACGUUUGUUGGUUAGAUGUCGCCGGAAAAUUUGAGACGGCGAAAUUAACACCGGGAAUGAAAUACGAGGUCGUAUUCAUGGUGAUGCUGAAAGAUCCUGCUUACGGGUGGGAAGUUCCGAUCAACGUCAGACUCGUCCUGCCGGACGGAAGCAAACAAGAACACAAGGAAAACAUGGUGGAAAAGCCGAGAUCGCGGUGGUUUGAGAUUCCGGUUGGCGAGUUUACGGCGGAAGCAAAGAACGGAGGAUUUAUCGAGUUCUCGUUUUACGAACAUGAAGCUGGGGCUUGGAAGAGGGGUUUACUCGUCAAAGGACUAUGGGUGUUAUACACUUAUACUUAUAAUUAUAAUUUCCACUUCUAUAUAAAGGCUGAUUCUUUUUCAUAGUCAGCGUUCAAAAUUUGUCAUUUGCCGGUUGUCAGAACUGAAGAAGGUGAAGCCCUAAAUUAAGAACAUAGAAUAAUCACAGGCACCAUUGGAAUGGAUUCAUCAAGUCCUUCAAUAGAAAAUGAAGAACUCUGUUUAGCUAACUCCAAAUUUGAAUCAUAUGAUGAAUUACUAAAGAAUGUACGAGACUUUUAUUACGCUAAAGGAUAUGCAUUAUCUAUUCGAGAUUCAAGUAAAGAUAAAUAUGUCAAGUUGCAAUGUGACCGAGGCGGUUCCUAUCGAGAUAGAUUGUGUAUUGGCAAUAAAAGAAAGAGGAACACCGGAUCUCGUUUGAUCAAAUGCCCCUUCCAGAUCGUAAAAAAGGAAUUGAUGGUUCUUGGGCACUUAAUGCUAAAAACUUAACUCAUAACCAUGAACCAUCUAUUGAUAUGUCUGGGCAUCCAUCAUUUCGUCGUCGAUUAUCAUCGUACAAAGUGUCAAAAACAUGUCACUUUCUGGCAUACCCCCAAGGCAAAUUAUUUCUUCUUUUCGGCAGAAUAACCAAAACCUUCCAGAAAAUUCUCGAACUAUAUACAACCUGAUGAUGAAAAUCCGCAAGGAAAACAUGAAAAAUAUUCAAUGGUUAGUGCCUUAUUUGAAGAGCUUGAAAAAGAGGGUUUUAUUUAUGAUAUUUUACAUAAUGAAGUAGGGCGUAUAACCCAUUUGUUCAUUGCACAUCCCUUGUCAAUUAUACUCGCCAAAACCUUCUCAACUAUCUUUGUUAUGGAUUGCACAUACAAAACAAACAAGUAUAACAUGCCUCUCCUUGAUAUCAUUGGGGUUUCAUGCUUUCAUACCUCUUUUUAUUCUGGGUUUGUUUUUCUGGAGAAAGAGGAUGAAGAGAGUUAUAUUUGGGCAUUAAGUGUGUUUAAGAAAACUCUUGAAAAUCGUGAACCGUCUGUGAUUAUAUCCGAUAGAGAGUUGGCAUUAAUGAAUGCUAUAAAAAUAGUAUUUCCGAACAUGACAAACCUUUUGUGUAUUUGGCAUAUUGAAAAGAACGUGUUGGCAAAUUGCAAGAAGCAUUUUGCACAUGUAGAAGAGUUUAAUACAUUUAUGUCAAGUUGGAUAAAUGUAGUGUAUUCAACUACAACAACUAUUUUUAAGAAUAAUUGGGGUGAAUUUGAGUUGCUUUAUUAGACGAAGAAAGUUGCAGUUGAUUAUAUUAAAGACACAUGGUUGCCUUGGAAAGAAAAGUUUGUUACUGCUUGGAUAGAAAAUUACUUGCAUUUUGGUAAUCGUUCAUCUUCAAGGGCUGAAGGUGCUCAUCCAAACUCAAGUUGUAUCUACAAGUAUCUACCGGUGGCUUAUAAGAAGUCAAAGAAAAGAUUUGUCUUGCAAUUAAACAUGAAUUCAUUGAGAUUAAAGUGAAACUCGCAAGUGAAAAAAAUUCAAGUUCUGCAUAAUUGUGACAUGCCGGUUUUUAGAGAGCUUUUGUCUCAUGUAUCUCAUUUUGCAUUAAAGGAGAUACAUAUGCAAUGUGAAAAAAUAAAAAAUGGUAUAAUGAUGCCUUGUACUGAUUAUUUUAUGGCAACCAUGGGCCUUCCUUGUGCUCACAAGAUAAAACAGCUGGAAGGAAAGCCACUUUCUUUGGAUCUUAUUCAUCCACAAUGGAGGAUUGAUACACUACGUCUAAAUUCGGAAGACGAUUCACACAAUGAUGGUGUCAACAAAUUUGAUGAGUUGCUUACUGAUUUGUCUUCAAGGUACAAAACGUGGCCUUUAAGUAAAAAAGAAUUUGCUACUUCUAUGAUUACCAAGCUUUUGACCGAAUUCCAUGUGUUCUUUGAACCAAUGAUUCGUAAACCAAAAGGUAGACCUCCAAAAUCAAAAAAGAAAAGAGGAAUAACUUCAACCGUAUGAGAUCCUUCAAGAUUCGAGUUUGUGGAAUCAUCACAAACAUACAACCCUUCAAGUUCUACCGGUGACUUCAAUAUGAACAAUGAAGUGUCUGAGAGCAACUUAUUUGAUUUAAAUACAUAUCUAAUUUUUUAAGUGAUGGUAUUAUGAUUUGAAUAAUUUUAUUGGGAAACAUUUUAUAAUGAUUUGAUAUGAACUGGUUUGAAUAAUUUAUUAG